UUAUGUAGGUUGGUUCAGAGGAUCGAGGCCAGAUAUGGACAAGGGUCGAAGACGCUGCCAUCUAAUUAUAUUAUUGUGUUUAUUCUUCCUUCUUACCAAGAUUCAUGCAGACAGGUCGUCGCCUCCAGUCAAGCUUCUCGUAACGGACAAACAUGUGGAGAUAGAUAACGGCAUUGUUAAAAUAACGUUAUCAAAUCCCGGCGGCAUGAUCACAAGCGUCGGAUACAAAAAGACCACCAAUAUUCUUCAAUAUCGCUUCAAAGAAGGGCGAAGAGGUUACUGGGACAUUAUGUGGAGUACGCCAGAUCGCAAUGGCAGUCACUUGGACACGCUCGAGUGUGAGAACUUAAGAGUUAUAGCAGAAAGUGAUGAUCAGGUUGAAGUUUCAUUCAUAAGGACAUGGCAUCACUCCCUUGAUGGAGAAGUGCCUCUUAAUAUUGAUAAGAGGUAUAUUGUCCUACGUGGAUCUUCUGGUUUCUACUCGUAUGCAACUUUAGAGCAUAUGGCAGGAUGGCCUGAUCUAGACAUAGACGAAGCAAGAAUUGUGAUGAAGCUUGAUGAGAUGUUUCGUUACAUGGUAAUAUCUGACGAUAAGCAAAGGAUCAUGCCAACAGAAAUGGAUACGAAAACAGGGCGUAGUCUUGACUACAAGGAGGCUGUUCUGUUAACAAAUCCCAGCAAUCCACAACUCAGAGGAGAGGUGGAUGAUAAGUAUCAGUACUCGUGUGAGAACAAGGAUAGCCACGUGCACGGAUGGAUUAGUUCUAAUCCGCGUAUUGGGUUUUGGGUGAUAAUGCCUAGCGAUGAGUUCCGAGCUGGUGGCCCUAUCAAACAAGACCUCACUUCACAUGCUAGCUCUACUUCCUUAGCUGUAUUCUUUAGUGCGCAUUAUAUUGGUGCAGAUUUUGGAGUUAAAUUGCGCAAUGGAGAGCGGUGGAAGAAGGUCUUUGGCCCUGUUUUCAUGUACCUUAAUUCCGACAACACCCAUAACCCCACAGCAAUUUGGGAAGAUGCUAAGAGACAAGCUGCAGAAGAGACCAAGAAAUGGCCUUAUAAUUUCCCAUUGUCACGAGAUUUUCCCCGUUCCAACCAACGUGGUGCGAUCAGUGGCCGACUAUUUGUACACGAUAGGGUAAUCACAACAGCAAAUUCAGCAUAUGUAGGAUUGGCUCAACCUGGAGAUGCUGGAUCUUGGCAAGACAACUCUAAGGGGUAUCAAUUCUGGACACAAAGUGACGAAAGUGGACACUUCAGAAUCAAAGAUGUUAGAGCAGGCACUUACAACCUAUACGCUUGGGUGCCAGGAGUCAUAGGAGACUACAAACACCGCGCUGACAUUAUAAUUCGACCAGGAAGCCAAAUUGUGAUGGGUAAUAUUGUGUACGAUGCUCCAAGAAAUGGUCCCACUCUUUGGGAAAUCGGGAUCCCUGAUCGAACUGCAGCUGAAUUCUACGUUCCUGAUCCUUCCCCUCACCUAGUUAACAAACUAUACAUUAACCACACAGAAAAGUAUAGACAAUAUGGUUUGUGGAACAGAUACACUGAUUUAUAUCCUCAUCAAGAUCUGAUUUACACCGUUGGAGUCAGCGAUUAUCGUAGAGACUGGUUUUUCGCCCAUGUAAAUAGGAAGGUGAGCAAAGGCUAUGUACCAACAGCAUGGCAAAUUGUGUUCAACGUGAGACACGUGAUUAGGGCAGGAACUUACACGCUUCGGCUUGCAUUGGCAUCUGCCAACUACGCAGAAAUCCAAGUACGGAUCAACAAGCGCAGUGGCAUUCGCCCCUAUUUCUCGACUGGAGUGAUUGGCGCAGACAAUGCAAUUGCUAGGCAUGGCAUUCACGGCCUCUAUAGAUUAUACAGUGUGGAGAUAUCAGGAUCUCAACUGCUGCAAGGAAGAAACACAAUAUAUCUGAGGCAAGCACGAGGCGCCUUGCCAUUCGUAGGCGCUAUGUAUGACUACAUUCGCCUCGAAGCUCCGCCUCAGUCCUCGCAUCAAUCACAUUCGACUGCCGUCUCCUAUGCAAAUAGUAUCAAUUCAUGCACGUCUGUACUCAUCAUGUGUAUUACUUCCUCGAUUUCAUAUGCUAUUCUUAUCAAAUAGGGAUUGUCGGAUGGAAAAUUAAUUGCUUUACAUUUUUUUUUCUUCACUCGCUUAUAGUUUUCCUAGCUACUCAUCAAGUAGCUAGCUAGAGGAAUAGUGCUUUGUACUUUU